UUACCUAUCGAUCCCUUGUGUCUAUCAGCUUUCUGCCGUCGAGAAGUUGGCAACAACUGAAUUAUUUGCUAUCUGCGGCGGGAAUAAGCUCUUUGCUUCCGCCGUGAAAAGUGUUGGAUAUAGAUUGUUUUAGGUACACGAGGUUAUAGAGAAGAUGGCGAGAAGGUACGAGCUAUGUGUCGGACUACGCAAGGGACACCGGACGACAAGAAUACGCAUGGGAAAAACUAAACAAGAUAAGAGACCAAUACGACCUUCAAGGCUGAAAGGUAUUCAGACAAAACACACAAAAUUUGUUAGAGAUUUAAUUAGAGAAGUGUGCGGGCAUGCCCCAUAUGAAAAGAGAGCGAUGGAAUUGCUGAAGGUAUCAAAGGAUAAGCGGGCCUUGAAAUACCUUAAGAGAAGGCUUGGCACACACAUUCGUGCAAAAAGGAAGCGAGAAGAGUUGAGCAACAUCCUUACACAGAUGAGGAAAGCCCAGGCACAGGCAAAAUAACUGUUUUGACUGAGUUAAUGUAUUGAUACCUACAUAAUAAAAUUUCUUAAAAUAUUGGUCUACAUA